AUUGAUCUUGUUUUUGUUGACACACAAUGAAGAUCUAAAGCUGCACUCGAGUGAGUGUGUCUUAAAAGUUAAACCGCGAGUGAGUCCUAAACAGAUAAAGCUAAACACUGAAAAUACACACAGGCGUGUGGUGCAGCGGGGGAAGAUGAGCGUUUCACAUUUCGCGGUUCUAUCGUGUUGUCGUCCACGCUUCGCCCCUUCGCUGUCGUGUGCUUCAACCCUCCUUCGUUCCCGCAUCCACUGUUGCUCCACUCUCUCCGCUACUUCCACAGAGGCUCCCACUCCAACCACCCUAAAGAAACGAGUAGUAUCGGGAGUUCAGCCCACGGGCUCAAUUCACCUCGGAAACUAUUUUGGCGCCAUCAAGAAUUGGGUUGCACUUCAGAAUGUGUAUGAUACACUUUUCUUCAUUGUGGACCUGCACGCGAUCACGUUACCUUAUGAUGUCCAACAAUUAUCUAAAGCUACAAGGUCAACUGCUGCUAUUUAUCUAGCAUGUGGAGUGGAUCCUUCAAAGGCUUCAGUAUUUGUACAGUCUCAUGUUCGGGCACAUGUAGAAUUGAUGUGGCUGCUAAGUUCCACGACACCAAUUGGUUGGCUGAACAAAAUGAUACAGUUUAAAGAGAAAUCUCGCAAGGCGGGAGAUGAAGAAGUUGGGGUUGCCCUUUUGACAUAUCCUGUUUUGAUGGCUUCUGAUAUACUUCUGUAUCAGUCUGAUUUUGUUCCUGUAGGUGAAGAUCAAAAGCAGCAUUUGGAGUUGACCCGUGACUUGGCUGAAAGAGUUAAUAAUUUAUAUGGAGGAAGAAAGUGGAAGAAAUUAGGCGGCCGAGGUGGUGUUAUAUUUAAGGUUCCAGAGCCCCUUAUUCCUCCCGCUGGUGCCCGGAUAAUGUCCCUAACUGAUGGCCUGUCCAAGAUGUCAAAGUCUGCACCUUCUGAUCAAUCCAGAAUCAAUAUUCUUGAUCCUAAAGAUGUUAUAGCAAACAAGAUCAAACGUUGCAAAACUGAUUCAUUCCCAGGCUUGGAAUUUGACAACUCUGAGAGGCCUGAAUGCAACAAUCUUCUUUCCAUAUACCAACUUAUUUCAGGAAAGACAAAAGAGGAGGUUGUGCUGGAAUGCCAAAACAUGAACUGGGGCACAUUCAAACCUCUUUUAACAGACGCCUUGAUCGAUCAUUUGCAUCCCAUUCAGGUUCGCUAUGAGGGAAUCAUGUCCGAUUCAGGUUAUUUAGAUGAAGUUUUGGCACAAGGUGCUAGAAAAGCAGCAGAUAUAGCAGAUACUACACUUCAUAAUGUUUACCAGGCAAUGGGAUUUUUGAGGAGACAGUGAUAAUUGAUGCCAAAUGAAUUAAGAUUGGGGAUACAGCAACUUAAGAGCUAACUUUUUAAUGACCCAUGAUCAGCCUCAAAAUUUUGGAGUAAUCUUAUGGACAUAUGCUCGACUACUGGAAAUGGAAAGAUGAUUUGAUAUAAAACCUAAAGUUUCCUUUAUUUCUUGAUGCAAUAGGCUUUAUAUCUUUUUCAUAUUUCUUCAUGAAUUUGGUUGUAGCCUUAAUUUAUUUAUUUUUUCAAUCUCUUCCAUUGUUUACUUGUAUUUUACAAUGAAUUCAAAUUGAUAAAUGGUUUCGCCAUUGUAUUUGAUGGUGACAGGACCUAGUCCUCACCAAGUUCUCAUGAUGACAACACAACCCAUUGUUUUAGCUCAUUAAUUGUAUCUUCAUUUUACUUACAA